AACCCGUUGUAUGCAUGCCAGCCCACUCUAUAUGCACACCAGUGCGUUGCCCCGUUGACAAACCCUUCGAUAUAAUUCCUGUGCAGGUAUACGACCAAAGAAAAGCAGGUGAACUUUUGAUCCCGUAUCAGUACUUUACAAGAACUGACUUUGCGGCAACAGUGUCUUCACGUUCUUGUGAAUGUUGAUAUCAUCAAUAACAAGCACCCAUCAUCUUCAUCUUGUGGUAUGAUCAGGACCUUUGCCAACGAGGAAUAUAAUAAUACUUUUCCAUAUUGACGGAUGAUUCUGGAUAUAAUCAUUCUUCUUGUACACGAUAAUUCUUCUGUAUAUUCCUGGUGAUAUAAACAUCAUACUAGCCCGCAAAACCCCGCCAUAUCCUCCGACAUGAACUGGGAUGCGAGGAUGACAUCGUAAUCCAUAAGCUUAAUCUGGUAUUAGUUUGGAUGUAUACAAGUACAAGAUUGGUGUACUAAAGUAACUUUGUGCCAUCGUUAAUAACGGGAUCCUUCAAAGAUGUCUGGAGCAGCAGAUGACGACUCGGCUCCGUCGAACAGCACACCUCAGACUCCCGAGGGUACAGAGGGAGCACCAGAUGUGACAGUGACUGAAAGCAAGCCAGAUACCCCUGGUAGCCAUGCAAAUGAAGACGAUGCGUCCAAAAACGAUGCAUCCAAAGAGGAAUCCAAGAGUGAGACUCCAAUCGAACUAGCGACGGAGGACGUUGAACCAGCGAAAAGAGAGAAUGAUGAACCAGCGAAUGAAGAGCAAACCGAGAAAAAGACGGAAUCCGAUACGGGUGACGAAACAGCCAAAGUAGAAGAACCAACCAAAGUAGAAGAACCACAACCUGCAGAUGGUGAAGGUGCGGUGAAUGCCUCGGAAGAAAGUCCUUCCAACGUCGAAGAAGAGAGGAAAUGCGAACCUGCACCAGAGACAGGGGAGACCGAUUGUGUAAAGCAGGACGAUGCAGAGCCUUUAGGAGAGGUUAAUGAGGCACAACCAAACGAGAAUGAGAAGGGAGAUAGUGUUGAGGGUAAACAGGCUGAAGAGCCUGCUGAAAAGCCUGUAAAGGAAGAAGGUGAGACAGAGGGUGUGGUAGCGACCGAUGACAGUGCCAAAGAUGAAGGAAAUGCCGAUGAAGUUGGCUCUGUUGACAAAAACAAAUCAGAGAAUGAAAGCGAAAACGUGAUUGAAGCUGUCACCGACGAGAGUAUAAAUACCAAAGACAAUAACGAUGUUGCAGAGGGAACAGCCCAAAAUGCUGACGCAGAAAUUCCAACUAAUAUUCCGGAAAGCGGUAAGCAGGAAACAAAAUCAAACGAAGGCGACACUGCUCCAGAAACUAAAGACCCCGUGAUUGAAGCAUCAAACUCUGAAAAUGUAGCGAAUGAACCCGUACCAACGGAGAGUGUUGAGGAUACGCAAUGUGCCGAGGAGAAUCCCCAAUCAAACAAAGAUGACGUAGCAGCGAUUGUGAGCACCAGUACUGGCGAUGCCCCUUCGAACCCUGAAGAAAGGACAGAACGUGCUAAAGUGGAAAUCUCUGAAUUAGAUUCUGUGAAGUUAGAAAAUGAGCGUUUGAAGAAGAGAGUUAAAGAACUCGAGGAUGAGAUAGACAGGAUAAGAGAGGGACGUAAGGAAGGAAUGAAAGUCCAGGCAGACUACCUUGCUCGGGAACUCAGUCAAACGCAAGAUACUGAAAAAUACCUCAGGGAAAAACUUGCAGAGGUUCUGCAAGAGAAAGAAGAUAGUGAACGACGGGUGAAGGAUAUGCAGCUUCGUCUCAAGCGGUUCGCCAAGGAUGAUCAGGCUAAGGAUGCUCGGUUGGCCAAGAUGGAGAAAGAGCUUCGGGAAAUCACGCACGAAGUUCAGAUCUUGGAGAAUAUGCUGGACGCAGACACACUACGUAGCGUGCAGGAACAGCGGGCGAGCGGAAAGGUUAACGGACCGAGUGGCGCUGGAACAGGAACGAACAAAGGAACGGCACAACCUCCGCCGCCGCAAUCGAAAACAUGCGUGAUUUUGUGAAAACUGUCGAUUGAAAUAAAAUCGUGGCGACCAUAAAAACACGAUUACGGAUGUUUGAGAUGUGAUAAUGGCAGUUUAUAUCGAGCUAAACGAAAGUGCCAAACACGAAACAACCUACAUGUACCUACAAAUUCUCUACUUUGACGUCUGUUAUUAUUUGUAAAAAGAAAAACUUCAAAUUGGAACAUCUUAAACUUUAUCUUAAACUUUCAAAUAAUGGGCUAUUAAUAAUUGAUCAAAAAGGGAACCACCAUACAAGUGACUUUUCUGAAAUAAAUUUCCCCAAAAGAUCUUGAAAAUCGUUAACUGUGAAUCUAUUCCAAAGUUCCAAACAAGAACUUUUGCUUCAAGUCUUCAACCAUCCCUUGGCUUUUUCUUCCACCUUUAAGAACAUGGUAAUUGUAUGAAUUGUGAAAAUCGAUUCAGAUCUGUAAGUGAGCCAGUUAACAGGGUAUACUAAAAUGCAAGUAGUAACCUUGAUACGAAAUUUUAAUAACAUACUUCAUUUGCCAUAGAUUGAUAGAAUGCAUCUGCAAUUUUUCAAAUACUUAUUUUUCCAGUAAAUAUAUAUUUAUAAUGUUAGAUAUACCGGUACUUUUAGAAAAUACAGACACCUAUAUUCUUUUUUAAUGUGUGCUUUAUUCAGAUAUAAAAACUUUUAGAACUAUUUACUUGCCAAAUUGGUUCUUCCAUGUGGGUUGGCUAAGACUAAGAUGUGUGCUAUCAAAUCUUUGAGUUACCUCUAUUAGUUUUCUCUAUAUUUCCGCCCGUGUUCAUAGAUUGUCACUCUUACACUAUUUAAUUGCAUCAUUGGAUAUUUGUUUGAAAUGUGAUUUAAAAAAAUAUAUAUUAAAAAACAAAUUCACAAGGUUUACUUAGAAUAGGAACUCAGUAAAAUAUCAUUUGUACAACACCAUUACAUGUACAAUCUCUUUCGAAAAUCCAUGUAUAUUUAUUUAUAUUUUGUCUUUUCUUUCUGCAAUUGUUUUUAUGUAUGCAAAUUAGAUCAGAAUAGUCACGAUAAAGUUGUACAGAUUAUCUCUUUGUAAAAUUUAUGUAGUGCCACGUAUAUGUUUCUGUUUUGUGUAUGGAUGUAGAAAAAAUGACAAGGUUAUGACAAGUACAAUGUGAUAAAACCAAGAGUUCAUCAGAAAAUGAACCUUUUAAUUUUGACCUGUGCUUCCUCAGCAAAGGGAAUGUAACAAAAAACAUAGAUUUUGGAGUGAGAUAUUCUAUGAAUCAGGUUUGCAGCAUAAUACACUUUGCGAUCUUGCUGUCAAUAUGUAUUCUUAUUGAGACAAGUUUGAAUUAGAAUCAGACCAAGAAAAUGACCAAAUUUUUUUUCGGAUCCAGGAUAAAAAUCGGGAGCGCCAGGAGGGUCAAAUCUGACUGACAUGAGCGCUAUACAAGAACCCACUAUUAUUAUUAUUUAUUAUUUAAAUAUGACACAGUUUUUCUCAGAAAAUACAAAGUGACUCAAAACAAAGUAGAUUCCAUUCAUUGGGUAUCGCAAAGAUAUCAUAUACUUAAAAAGCACAUGGAUUUAUUUUUACAUGUAUGCCUGUGUUAUUACAAUGGGGUAUAUAAGUUAGGUAUUUUUGUUUUACAGGAAUUAUCAAAAUAAGCUCAGAGUUUGCAUGGGCAAUCUAUAAAUAACAUGGCUGCCACAACCUGGUCCUGAGUUACUAACAUAGAUAUGUGCAUGUACUCAAGUUGGAGGUGGUUAAACAAUGAUUCAGUACAAAGCUUUGAUAACCUUGAUGAUUUAACUUUUUUUUAAUUAGAAACAAAUGUUGAAAUAUGUAUUAGUUUUGGGAUUUUAAGAGAAAGUAACAAUCUAACUUCCACAUACAUGUAUUUCACAUCUGUUUUAUACAUAUUUUUCUACAUCUCAGUUACUAUUAGCAUCUUGAUUGGGUGAGGGGUUAAAGGUCUAAGAUAAGGGUAAAGUAUGGGGAGAAAAGCCUCUCUCAAUGAAUAUUGUAUCCGUCCAUAGGUUUUAUAACCUAUCUUGAACGUGCCAUCCAUCUGAUCUAUGCUUACCAACACUUGACAUUUUAUAUUAUCUUCCAAAGAUUAUAUUCCAUAAUAAAGAUACAUCAGUGUAUAUAACAAACAAAAAA